AUGACCCUCAUAAGGCCCAGAGUAAGAUGGACAAAAAGCCUGAAACCGAGUCGCGUUGUUUGGUCUGCAAGGUGUCAGCCAAUCAUCGCGCAUUGCGGCUCUCUGACUCUCCACUGCCUGCGACGUGCGUUCACUGUGCGGUACCCGAUUUAUUUUCAAUGGACGAGGAUUUUGACCUCGAGUCUCUUAUCCACGUGGAACAAACGUCUGCUUUGGGCCUUCUCUGCAAAAUCAAAUUCUGAGCCAGUAAUCAUCUUUAGUUUCUAUGAUUCCGGCUUCCAAGAUGGCUUUGAGCAUGGUCGUAUCCACGGCUUGAUUGAAGGCCGGGCCCUGGGCAGAGAGAAAGGAUUCGAAAUGUGGGAAGAGCUCGGGUAUUACGAAGGUUUUGCGUUGACUUGGAGAGCCAUACAUGAAAAACAAUCAAAACAAGACCACCGUUCAAUACCACACAUUCAUAAUCUCCUCGAGCUCAUCUCCCAAUUCCCGACCAUCAACCCAUCUGCUGCUGAUGCGGCAUCCGAUGUGGACAUCUCAAAACUCCUGCGCCAAAUUCGAUCCAAAUACAAGAUUCUAUGUUCAAAUCUCGGUGUUCGGCCGAGAUUGACGGCGUCAGGACAGACACCAUCUCAGGAUCAUGAAGAGGGGGACAUGGAGCCCGACGACAUCCCAGAACAGAAGAGUCAGUUGCCUGUGUGGAAGAUAGAGAAAGGGAACCCCCCAAAGCCAGUGACUGGACAAGAUUUCACCUUUUGA